UGUAUAAAAGCUGCUUCCCUUUGUUAAGGCUUGUUUAGGUGCAGGACAGGGACACAGAGAACUAUAUUUCCCAAGAUGCUUUGCUAUGCUUUCGUAAUAGAACGCGACAAAAUCUGUUUCCUAAACAAACCAAACACGGAUGUUUUAAUUUAAACAUGGAGAAGGAACAGCCAAAAGAAGAGCCAAAGGAAGACUGCGCUCCCACCCAGCCGACAUCUACAGCUCCCUGUCAUUCAAAGAGGCCCAGCCAGGCUCUGUACGCCCCUAAACCGCGACGCCAGGCCACUAAAGACAAAGUUCAGACUCAGGGAGAAGAUAAUCCAAAACCCAAACCCCGAUACACAGACAAGGCACGAAAGAACGCCAAAAACAGGAAGGACAAGGCUAACACCACAGCACCUGUUGGAGAGGGAGACGCUCAGAGCAGUGAUGUGAAGGAGGAGAGGCUACAGGAGGCAGAGGCGGUGGUUAAUGGGCAAGAAGAGGCUGAAGCUUCCUCACAGCUGGAUGAAUCUCCUCAGGAUGAAAAAGCAGAGGAGGAAGAGGAGAGCUGGGAAACGUUGUUCAAUGAUGAUGGGGACUGUUUAGAUCCACAUCUGCUGGAAGAGCUGGCUGUGAGGGAGGGCAGAAAGAAGAAGUCGCUACAGGAACCUAGAUUUGACUACUACAACAUGGAGAUGGACGACGAAGAAGACAUCGACCUCACAGAGGACGAACUUUCUCAUAUUGUGGAAAUCUACGACUUCCCCACAGAGUUUAAGACGGAAGACCUUCUCAAGUUAUUUCAGUGCUACCAACAGAGAGGAUUUGACAUCAAAUGGAUUGACGACACACAUGUCCUGGGUCUGUUCUCCAGCCCCAUAGCAGCCCGAGAAGCUCUAAGAACCAAAAACCCACUAAUGAAGUUGAGACCACUUUCCAAAUCCUCCAACGCCACAAAGGCUAAAGCCCGCAGCUGCUCAGACUACCUCCUGCCUGCUAAAGAGCGACCCCAGACAAGUGCUGCGCUGGCUCGGAAGCUUGUGAUCGGAGCGCUCGGUAUGAAAAGCAACUUAACGAAGGAGCAGAGAGAGGCAGAGAGGAAGAAACUCCAGCAGGCAAAAGAACAAAAGCAUCUGGCAGCCAAACAAAGAGAAGAUGCUUGGGAGGGGAAGUGAAAAUGGACACGUCUUUUUUUUUUCUUUUUGAAAACUACUUGAAAUUCAACUUCAGCUCUUUUUUGUUUUUCCAGUCAUGAUCUGGGCAAAAACCAGGACUCAUUCAUGUGUAUUAAAGCUCUGAUGAUUUUCCAGCUGUUAUGGUAAAAUUAUUUUCUGUUCUGAUCCAAAGCUUUUAUGUGACUCUAUAUAUGUUUUAAAAGAGAUAAACUGUUUGUAUGAUGAAGACAUUGUUGAAUUUGAUGCCAGCUAAAGUCGAUCAUUCUAAUUAUUACUGUUCCCAGUUAUAGCUAACAUUUUUACCCUCACACCAGUGUCAGACCAGCCACUGCCAAACUCAAGCGUUAAUUUUAAAACUAUGAGUUAAAACGUAAUGUAUCGUGUAUAUUUUUGUUGUUUUGCUGUUCAGGUCUUGUAAAGAAGCUGUCCUAUUUGUUAAAGCCAGCUUACUGUUUUAAUUCAUUUAUGGUUUUAUCCCAGAUAUUAAACUUGUUCAAAGUCUGUGUAGAUAGUUGAUGUGUGAAGACCAGUAAGGGGAAAUAAGAGGCUUAACAAUCUCUCUUGUUUGUAAGCUUGAAUACAUUUUUUCAUGUUUAUUUCUGAAACAAAUGUGUUUUAGUUGUAUGAGUUGAUGCAUCAACGAGUGAAAAUAAAGCACAAACCCAGAUCAGA